AAGGUAAUGUGGUAGUUAGUUCUGUUUCGUCAGCUUUAUAAAAAAAAUGAAAAGUUUCGUCAUGUAAAAGUCUGCUUGUUUAAUUUAAUGGAUUAAUGGAUAAAAGUAGCUUUCGAGUAUAGCGAGAGGGCAACGUUGAAUUGAAUCAAACAUAUAAAUGUAAGAAGUUGCAAUGAGUCACAACUUCUUCCCAUUUCUAUCCUAUUGUCUUGGAAUUCAACUGAUUAUUAUAUGUCCAUGUCCAUGAGUUGUUUUUGCAUCACCAGAAGCCGAUCAAAAGUUAAGCACGAACAAUCUUCCAUACUUGCUUUAGAGACAUCAUUUACUGUAAAUGAGGUUGAGGCUUUAUUUGACUUGUUUAAGAAACUAAGCAGUUCAAUUAUUGAUGAUGGCUGCAUUCACAAGGAGGAGUUUCAACUUGCGCUUUUUAGAAAUAGUAGCAAGCAGAAUCUACUUGCAAGCAGGGUAUUUGAUAUGUUUGAUAUUAAGUGUAAUGGAGUUAUCGAGUUCGGUGAAUUCGUUCGCUCACUAAGCAUCUUUCAUCCAAGGGCAUCCGAUGACAAGAAGAUUGAAUGUAUGAUAUUACUAAUUUUGCAUCAGAGAAAUCAAACAUUCAUUUAUUUCUACGAGAAUCUAAUUCUGUUCCCUCUUGCAGUUGCGUUUAAAUUGUUUGAUCUUGGAAAGACGGGAUACAUUGAACAUAGUGAGUUGAAGGAGAUGGUGUUGGCUACUUUGAAUGAAUCAGAAGUUACCAUCUCAGAUGAUAUUGUCGAAUCUAUUGUGGAAAAGACAAUGAAGGAGGUUGAUUCAAAAGGAGACGGAAAGAUUGAUAUGGAAGAGUGGAAAGAAUACGCGGCAAAGAAUCCUUCUCUUCUUAAGAUCAUGACUCUGCAAUAUCUAAAGGAUAUAACUAUGGCAUUUCCAAGCUUUGUUUUGCACACCGAGGUGGAAGACUGACUAGCUGCAAAUAAUCGACGACGAGUGCACGCCAAAAGGAUUGCAUCUAUAGAAUAGAAUGUAAUGUAACUAUGUAUAAUCAUGUGAUGAAAGCACCAUUAAGUAUCAACCAUUUCAUUAUAGUAGAUUAUGAGUUGUAAUUUUGUAUAAUCAUGUGUUGAAAGCAACAUUAAGCAUCAUUUUCAUUUG